CUGUGACGUUCAACCCUCAGGUGGUCCACAUGGCAGACGGAAGGAGGUAAUCGCCCAGCCAUGGGAUGCUGUGGAGCAGCAAGAAGGACUUCAUAUGAUGAAUCUUUUAUUAUGGCCAAUGACACCCUGGAAGGUUUUCACGAAGUGAAUCUAGCCUCGCCCACCACUCCAGAUCUUCUAGGAGUGUAUGAAUCUAGUGCUUCUGAACAAACUACCUCACCCACGGUCAUCUACCGGCUUCAUGCCUCAGCUGUGUGUUCCACACCAAUUCAGCCGACUGCCCUGAACGUCUCUGAUCUUCCUACACAACCCGUCUAUUCAUCUCCUAGGCACCUCAAUUGUGCAGAAGCAUCAGGUAUCAGCAUCAAUGUUACAGAAACCAUUCCUUGUUCUACCUCGGGACUCCAAGGUGCUUCGUCCAAAUAUGAUAAUUCCAGAAAGGCAAGUAGCAAUGCCGAGAGAGAAUUUUUGCAGGGAGCAACCAUAACAGACUCCGCUGAAGGAAGUGACGAUGUUUUGGGACUGAGCACAGACAGUCUGUCUCGCCUACAGAGCCCAUCGGUUUUGGAAGUCAGAGAAAAGGGCUAUGAAAGAUUAAAAGAGGAACUUGCUAAAGCUCAGAGGGAGCUGAAACUGAAAGAUGAAGAAUGCGAGAGGCUUUCUAAAGUGCGUGACCAACUCGGACAGGAACUGGAAGAACUUACUGCCAGCCUCUUUGAGGAAGCACACAAAAUGGUGAGGGAAGCAAACAUAAAGCAGGCAACAGCUGAAAAACAACUGAAAGAAGCACAAGGAAAAAUUGAUGUCCUUCAGGCCGAAGUAGCAGCCCUGAAAACGUUAGUGCUGUCCACUUCGCCGACGUCGCCCACGAAAGAGCUUCAAUCUAGCGGAAAGACACCCUUCAAAAAAGGCCAUGCGAGGAACAAGAGUACGAGCAGCGCGAUGGGGGUCAGCAACCAGGAUGUCGCCAUGAUGCAACCAAUUGUGAAAGACUGCAAAGAGGCUGACUUAGCUCUGUAUAACGAAUUCAGAUCCUGGAAGGAUGAUCCCACUAUGGACAGGGCAUGCCCUUUCCUGGAUAAAAUCUACCAGGAAGAUAUCUUUCCAUGUUUGACCUUCUCAAAAAGUGAGCUGGCGUCUGCCGUCUUGGAAGCUGUGGAAAACAAUACCUUAAGCAUUGAACCAGUUGGCUUGCAACCUGUUCGAUUUGUGAAAGCUUCUGCGGUUGAAUGUGGAGGACCAAAGAAAUGUGCUCUCAGUGGACAAAGUAAAACAUGCAAGCAUAGAAUCAAGUUGGGGGACUCAAGCAACUAUUACUAUAUUUCUCCUUUCUGUAGAUAUAGGAUUACAUCUGUAUGUAACUUCUUCACAUACAUUCGGUAUAUACAACAGGGGCUUGUGAAGCAGCAAGAUGAAAAGAAAAGAAAAAAGCCCCUGUUCCUGGCGCAGUGGGUGAUACUUAAUGUUAGUAUGUUUUGGAAUGUCUUUGUCUGACUCAUACGACUGCUGCAACCAGUUUGCAUUCUGUAAAAGGGAAGGAAUAGCAUGAAAGUAUACAAAAGUAGAUAAGUAUACAAAGCUGGGAGCUUUUAACGAAACCCGUUUCCCCAACAUGUCUGUUUUCUUUGUUUUACCUUUUGUUAAAAUUUUAAAAGGAAAGCAGUACUAGUAAAUCUUAGUAAAAUAACGCUAAACAUACUACAAUGGUACCUCGGGUUAAGUAUUUAAUUCGUUCCGGAGGUCCGUUCUUAACCUGAAACUGUUCUUAACCUGAAGCACCACUUUAGCUAAUGGGGCCUCCCGCUGCCACCACGCCACCACUGCGCGAUUUCUGUUCUCAUCCUGAAGCAAAGUUCUUAACCUGAGGUAAUAUUUCUGGGUUAGUGGAGUCUGUAACCUGAAGCAUAUGCAACCUGAAGCGUAUGUAAUCCGAGGUACCACUGUAAAGGAAAAACAAAAACAAUCACUUCGUGGAAUACCAAGGUAAGUACAAAGCAGAGAGGGAGCCAUAAGACAGCAAAUGAAAAAAGAGAAUGCCGUUAAGUAGGGUUGGGUGAAAGGGGGCAUGAUUUGGACCACACAGUCAAACAAAGUCAGAUGUCAGAGGUGUUGUCCAAUAAAGUCAUGCUUCACUGGGAUAAGUAGCUUCAUAUGUUUGUUUAUGUGUAUGGCAAAAGUCCUCCAAGUGGCAGCAAAGUCCACUGGUUGAGCCUUAAGAUAAUGAGUUAUUUUUUCUGAGACACCUAAGAACAAAGCUUUCUUACACCAACGGUUCACCAUAGUAAACACAUGCUUCCAUUUCCCUUUUUACAACCAAUCUAGCUGCAACUAAAAUGUCUUGGGUUUUUUCUUUCUUUCUU